ACUUUUUUGUCAUGUUCACAUGGGCGCCAAACUCAUCAUAAUUACAUCCCAACACCCUCUCUCUCCCCCCACUUUUAUAUACCAAUCAUCACUCAUCCCUUUCCUCCUCCUUCCCUCUCAAAAGACGGAAAAACCAAGAGAGAGAAAAGAAGAGCACAAGCGUGAGAGGAGAGAGAAAACCAAGAGGAACGACCCAAUUGAUCAAGAAGUUGAAAGCUAGAGAGAGAUGGGCGAGUGGUUAGUGGCGGUGGGGGUGGCGGUGGCGGUGGUGGUUUUAGGAGGGGCAGGGGAAGUGGGAGGUGACCUGGCGGAGGACAGGAAAGAGUGCACGGAGCAGUUGACUGGGCUGGCGACGUGCCUGCCGUAUGUUCAGGGGGAGGCGGCGUCACCUACCAAGGACUGCUGUCGUGGGUUCAAGCAAGUGGUGGAGAAGAGUGACAAGUGCUUCUGCAUCCUUAUCAAAGACUCCACUGACCCUAACCUCGGCAUCAAGAUCAACACCUCUCUCGCUGCCAAGCUACCCCACUCUUGUAGCACCUCCGUCAAUAUAUCCCGGUGCCCAGAGAUUUUGCACAUAUCCCCAAACGCACCAGAGGCUCAGAUCUUCAAGCAAUUCGCCAGUGCUGUGGCUACUAAUACCUCCGCCCCUGCGUCUGUUUCUUCCACUGGUGAGUUCUCUCUCUUUCACUUUCUCUUUCUCUUUUUCUCUCUUCGUUUAUUUGCUGUGGUCUUUGCAGGCUCUGGGAAGCAGAAUGGCACUUCGAGUGGGUCAAGCUCUGAUGAGAGCGGAGCUUCGAGAGAUGAGAGGAUAUGGCGGGGCCUUUUUGUGUGGUGUUUUACUUGCUUGCUUCUUGUUUUUGCGUGGUGAGAGAAAGGAGGAGAGAGAAAGAGGGGAAAAUCAGAUGUUUUGCAUUAAAAACCGUCAAAGUGGGAAUUCAUUGUGGAUUUGUACCAGUAAAAAUUGACGGGACGCUGUAAUUAAUGGCUUUUGAGACUUAAACUCAUCUCUUCCCUACAACUCCCUAUCUCAGAGUCAGACUAUAUUGCUCCUUUUUUUUCUCUCUGCAACUAAUACUCUCCUUCUCUUCUCAUUCUUGUGGUGGUGUUGUACUUUGUUGUUUGCUCCCUGAGACGAUCUACUAUUCACUAUUGAGUUUUCAUGA